UGUUCCCGAGCUGACGUUGACAAGGCGACGCGGCCGAGGAGCGCAGUCCGAUGCAGUGCGAUGGCCGCCCGCCUGGAGCUGCGGGCUCCGAGGAGCUGGUCGACCCUCCCAGCGAGACCGCCGAGUCCUUCGCCGACGAGGUUCGGGAUUCAGGCUCGCUCACCUCCUCCGGAGGGCCGCAGCCCUGGCCCCAGGGCUCGGGGGGCAAGCCUCCACGCUUGGAGCGUCAAGAUAGACCAUCUGAGCUUUCAGAAAAGAGGUUUAGUAGGAAAAGGAUAAUCUACCUGAAGGGCAAAAAAACGAACUCUGGAGGGCACCAGCCAGACACGCCGCUUCAGACAGAACCCACCGGGGCGCCCGACCAGCCGGGUGCCCUGCAGGCCUUCUGCACCGCGAGGAUCAGCCUGAUGCAUCACAGAGCAAGCUCUGCGGGCGAAAAGCGCAGCGGUCGUAAAGAGCUGCAGCCUAGGUGGGAUGCAGAGGCUUCAGGGACAGAUGCCCUAAACUGUGAUGUCCCUGAUGAGCUUUUGAACAGAAUCUAUUUAAAAAACAUGAUGGCGACGCUGAAACAGGUGGCAACUGCUAAGCAACACAUUUCUUCUAGGUGUCCUGAUUGUAACAGAAAAAGAGCAGAACUGGCUCAAUCUGCCUUCCUGAAACGAAGGAAGACGUUCCUGGAGUCACUUCUACUCCAAGAGAAAAUAGAUGAACAUCUUCAUACUAAAGACUUUAUUACCCAUAUUGGAGAAGCACAUCGAGACCUUCCCAGGCUUUCAGAUGACCCCAGAAUAAUCUGGAAAAGGUUGAAAGAGAAAAGUCAGAAGAGAGACUCUGGGUUUGAAAGGUCAGACACAGAGCAGAAGAUGUAGCAGAAUGGAAAUAGUGCUUGACAUUCACCUUUUGCUCUACCACUUCUCAAGCCAGUUACUCUAAUCAAGCAGGAGAUGCUGUUUAUUAAUGAUAGUGUGUAAUGUAGAUACAUGUUUCUGUUGUGUAUUUGACUAUCAUAAUUUCUGCAAGCACUUACAGAUUUGAGGACUAAAAACUUUUGACCCAGGAUGUUUUUCAUAUUACAGAGGGCAGCAUGGUAGCUGGAAUAGUUACAAAGUUUUUAAAACAAUCAAGGAGAGAGAUUCUGGAAGUUUGGACUAGGGUUUUGACAAUACAGAUAGAAGUAUAGAAAUGUAAGAUACUUAGGGAAGUACUAAUUGACAGCCUUGGUUAAGAAAUGGGUAUCGGAUUUAAUGAAAGGUAAAUGUUAAAAGUGUUACUAAAUUUCUGACACGUGUACUUGAAUGAAUAAUAAUUUCAUUAAAUUAUAUAUAGAAACA